CUUUGCAUGCUGGUGAUACUUUGUUCAAUGCAAAGCUUCUGCUCCUAUCCUCGUCUGGCAACUAGCUGCUCCACUGUUUCGCUCUAGGGGUGUCGAUCUUAAAACCAUUUUACUAUAUGUACUAGCGACCACACUCGGCGGUUAAGACCGACGGAAACCCCUCAUCUUGCGUGAUGCGUACCUGUCGGCCUUUGAGACCUCCUAAAGCUCCUGAGUCUCACCAACCUCGUGAACUUUUAAAAAUUCUCAAAUCCCCCGAAUUACCGAAAUUCUUGGUUCUUUUGCACACCAGGAUUUUGCUCUGAUUAUAUCUUUCGAACCCCGACAUGGUGAGAUCAUCCCAAACGAGGCCGCCUCGCCACCCCCCGCAGUGGGUUGAGCGCCAAUACACCGACCACCAAGGGAAUCCCGUCGUGCUGGGCAAAAUCAAUGAUGGGGAGGACAGCGAUUUUGAUGAGCCAAGCGAGCGAGAGGAGUAUCGCCUCCAGGUCUACAGCAAGGCUCCCAUACAACCAGAGGACUACGAGGUACUCAACGAGUAUCUUGUUAACGACGACACCGACCUAGAUCCAUUUCUGGAAAUCUACUCCUACAAUCCACCCGAUCCGCUGGCUUGUGCUGAGCAUCAGCGUCGUGAGAUCGCCCACCGGAAGCGUCUUCAUGCCGAAUCGGACCGAUCGCGCGAUGAGCUGCCUCCGUUGAUCCCCGCCAUCCGGUACAGAAAAAAGGACUGCCGCACGGGCUUCUGUAUUCUCCUGACGUCGGAGAGCUACCAGGCCGGUUCUUUCGAUCAGGAGCGGAAUGAGCGCGGCUCGGGGCCCUUUUUCAUUUAUUUUGAUCCCAGACUUCCUUGGGCAAUCCGACAGCUGGACCUAACGAGUCGCCUGAGUGUCUCGGCUCACAAUAUGUCCACUUUCACCCGUCGGGGUAUCCAAGUCUUUCCGGAGGCUCGCGAUAUCGAGGUGUCGAUCGAAAGCUCCCAAGAGAUGAUAGGCGCCGAUACCAUGAUUCAGCUGACCGACAUGGUUCGCAAAAGCUCGGGCGAGCUUGACGGUGGGCUCGAUGAGCCGUUUGCGGAGGGGCUGGAGCCAGCCGCCCUUGACGCGCAGCAGGUCCAGGAGCUCCUGGAGCAGCAACAGCAAACGGCGGAAAUUCAACCCGUCGAUUCUUGCACCCUGCAUCUCGACCGGGGACUGGACGACAGGGCUCUCAUGAUUACCAACUCCGCAAAGCAAGAGUGCGACCUUCAAUAUACAGUCUACGCCCCGUUCCUGGCGCACCUGCCGGACCCCGACCUUCCCAGCCUGCUGGAGACCACCGCCCGCACCUUCACAGCAGCCGUGAUAUCUCGCCUACCCGGCGACAAAACUGUCCGCUUCGAAUUCAAGGUUCCUCCCACUUCCUCAUUAUGGUCGAUUGCUUCGUCCCACGCGAGCACACUCAAACCCGGCGCUCUCCACACCUUCGACGACGGUUCCCGGCGCGAGCGAGUGCUCCCGCUGAGCCGCAGCGACGUCACCCCUUCGUCAAGAGAGCACUACAAGAGUUUCUUUGUUGUCGUGGACAAGCCGGCCUUCGUCGAGGAGCCGGGCGUGCUGUUCCUCAUCUCCCGGACAAAUGCCCUACAGGACCCCUCGCUCAUCGAGGCCAAUCACGGUGAGACGGUCUUGGAGACUCGACGCAGUGCGGGCAUCCCCGAAACUGCGCGACGACUUGCGGUGACUGCGGUUGAGGAGCAGCAACAGGGUAAGAGGCGGUGUAUGCGGAUGCUGACGAACGAGGAGCAUCGGUCUUUGCUGUCGUUGUCACCCGAGGAGCACCAGGCGUUACUCGCUUCUGCUCCGACCCGGUAGAAUACUACAUAGAGCUAUCUCCGUCCCGUCCGAUCGAUGUAGUCGGGACCGGCGAAUGAAAGCCGACUGGGUUUGAUAGUGUAUCUGAUGUCGUAGUGCGUAGCAUGUUUCCACCAUUUACCCCGGCCCUUCUUCAACGUUGAAGGGGAACCCUCUGACCAUCUUCACCGUCCAUCGGGGUUAAAUCCAAUGUAAUGAAGGAAACCUACUCUUAUUUUCUUAAAAUUUUUUAACUUCGUAUUUGAUACUAGUCAUGUAUUUGCUAUUCAUGGGUAUGGAUAACUAGGAUAGAGUCAAC